GCUGAUUUGAGUGAAUGAAUGCGGCGGUGAUGGCGGAGGAGGAGAGGGAGGUGGAGACACGAUUCGUCUUCCGCGUUUUCCCCGAGUCCGACCCUGUCCUGAUUACACCGUGUGCUCUCUUCGCACGUUUCUGUGCACCCCCCCUCCCCCUCCCUUAGUAGAACGAAAAAUAAAGUCAAUUAUACAACAGCCCUCUCUAUCCCCCGCCUCUCACUCUUUCUCCGACCACAACAUCCUAUAUCACCUCCUCCACAUGCAUUGCGGUCCCGGGCGCCGGCGAACCGGUUCCAGCCAUGUCGGCGGGGGAUGCAGCGGCCGGCGGCGGUGACAGAGCGGCAGGAGAACGGACAGGGGAGGUGUUGGUGGAGGAGAACCCUGGCCCCUCUGUCUCUCUCUCCGGCCUGAUGACCCCGUCCUCCAGCGCCCCCGCGGCUUCUACCAGCGAGCUGCCCAGGAAGCGCAAAGGCAGCACAGACAACCAAGAAAGUGCAGAUGUAGAUAUGGAGGAUGAACAAGACAAAUCUGAAGGGGAUGAGCAACAUGCAAAGAAAUGUUUCAGAGAGCCUCACAGCCAGAUUGAAAAGCGGAGACGUGACAAGAUGAAUAACCUUAUUGACGAGCUGUCAGCCAUGAUCCCUACCUGCAACUCCAUGUCCCGCAAGCUAGACAAACUGACCGUCCUGCGCAUGGCCGUACAGCACCUUAAAUCCCUCAAAGGGACCACCAGCUCCUUUGCUGAAGCCAAUUACAAGCCUUCGUUCCUGCCUGACGAAGAGCUCAAACAUAUGAUCCUCAGGGCUGCUGAUGGAUUCUUAUUGGUUGUGAGGUGUGACCGUGGAAAAAUUCUCUUCAUGUCCGAAUCCGUCUCCAAGAUACUGAAUUACAAUCGGGCGGACCUCAUUGGACAGAGCCUGUUUGACUACAUUCACCCGAAGGACAUUGGUAAGGUGAAGGAGCAGCUGUCAGCCUCCGAGCUCUACCCACGUGAACGUCUUAUAGAUGCCAAAACUGGACUGCAGGUUCAAACUGAACUCCCAGUGGGCGCCUCUCGCCUGUGUUCCGGUGCCCGGCGCUCCUUCUUCUGCCGGAUGAAGUAUAACAGGGUGGUGGUGAAGAUGGAGGAGAAGGAGCUCCAGCCAAGCACCUCCAAGAAGAAAGAGUCUCAGAAGUAUUGCACGGUGCACUGUACAGGCUACAUGCGUAGCUGGCCUGCCAACCAGCUGGGGGCAGAGGAGGUGGAGGGGGAGUCAGAGAAGGAGGGGUCCCACUUCAGCUGCCUGGUGGCCAUCGGCCGGGUGCACCCCCACACCGUCCCACAGCCCAAUGGAGAGGUGAAAGUCAGACCUACUGAGUUCGUCACCCGGUAUGCCAUGGACGGAAAGUUUACCUUCGUGGACCAACGAUCCACGGGCAGUAGAGCAACUACCAUUCUGGGAUUUUUGCCUCAGGAGUUGCUGGGAACCUCUUGUUAUGAGUACUUCCACCAAGAUGACCUGCCACAUUUAGCAGAAAGGCACCGAAAAGUUCUACGAAGCAAAGAGAAGAUUGAGACGAACUGCUACAAGUUUAAAACAAAAUAUGGCUCUUUUGUUACUCUACAAAGUCAGUGGUUUAGUUUUAUAAAUCCCUGGACCAAAGAAGUAGAAUAUAUAGUGUCAACCAAUACGGUCAUAUCUGGUCCCAGUCGCACGGUGACAUCAGGGGAAAGAUCAGAGCAGCCUGGUGAUUCCAAGGCUUCAGAAGAAGAUGCUAAGAAGGCCUUCUCCAUCAUUCCUGGGAUUUCCAGUGGUUCUAGUACCAUGAUUUAUGCAGGGAGUAUUGGGACUCAAAUCGCAAACGAGCUCCUGGACUUCAACAGGCUGAACUCAUCUCCGUCGAGCGGUAACGUCAGUCCCUUCAGUCUGGUCCAGGACAAGUCCCCACUGGCACUCACUUUGGCCAGCAACACCGUGCCAAAUGGAGAGAUAACAGACCCUGAGCCUCCUGGGAAGUCUGGUUCAGAGGGAGAAGGCGUAGGAGCAUCAUGUUCCAGCAGUGAAACACUCAUGGGUGCAGGUUCCCAGCUGGACCUGGACACAGUGGUUGGGCCAGGCCUCGGUAGCCUGAGCAACGAUGAGGCCGCCAUGGCAGUGAUCAUGAGUCUCCUGGAGACUGAUGCCAACCUGGGGGAGACGGUGGACUUUGACGAAAUGCACUGGUCUCUGUAGAACUCGACUUUUUAAAGUCCUCGCUUUCGCCUCCUUCAUUUUUCUACUGUUCUACUGUCACUAUUUUUAGCUAUCUGUCAGCUGUCACUAUGGAGCAACUGUUCAUUUUUGCUCUUUUUUUCAUGUUUUUUUUUGGGGGGGGGGGGGGUAGAAGGGUAAGCUGUUUAAUGAUCAGGGGCAGCUUUCCUGAGGUUGACAAGCGUGCAAUCGCAAGAGCUAAAGGUGCAGCUGCAAUGACAAUGAAAGAACAGAACAUUGUGAAAGAACUGAAGAUACCUCUUUGCCCUGCAGCUGUCUCCUGACUCCCUAUUACAAGAGGAAAAGACUCCUUUAAGGCCGUGCCUCACGGAUAAAACCCUUUGAGCAAACACGGAUGGAAUGAUACUACUAUGUCUCUUCCUGAGGCUGAGGCUAUUUUAUCUGAAAUGCAGUGCCCUCCAACCACUGAGUUGUACAGUGGCUCAAGAGGGAGCUUUUUUUUUCGCCUCGAUGGAUCUACACUUGAACUAAGGACGGUCGCAAUAGAAUGCACACUCACUGAUUUGUAUGUCUUCUCUAAUCGGGAUGGUUCAGAGUUGUAUGUAUUUA